GUAAUCUGGGUAAGCCGCCCGCCUGAGCUGCGCCUUUGUACUAAAGGUCAGGACUACGCGUUUCCCGCGCUGUGUUGCGCUGUCGAAGGUCCAGGAACGUGAAAGAAGCUAACUGUAAAGAUGGCAAGUCUACUGGACGCUUCUAAACCAAGAAUAAACUGCUCUAUGCUGUCACAGCACAUUGGCAGAGGUGUCUGCUUCGUUGGGCGCGUUGAAAAGGUUCACCCAACAGGAAAAACGUUCAGUGUGUCUGAUGGAGAAGGAAAGAGCGCUACGGUAGAAUUGAACGAACCUCUUGAAGAAGAGCUGAGUGGCAUUGUGGAGGUCAUUGGUAUGGUGUCCAGCAAAGGAGUAAUAACCACCACCACAUACAACAUCCUACGAGAGGACAAAGGCAUUCCCUUUGAUUUGGAGCUGUAUAAUGAAGCCCUGAAGGUCAUUCACGACUUUCCUCAGUACUACCCGUUUGAAGUGGCUGCAAGUGGAUGAAGAUUGGCUUCAUUGUUUUUGUGUCUCAUUUUACAUGUUGGAGAGAAUAGUGUGGUACAAAAUAUUUGCAUUAAAAUGAAAACCUUUGUUAAUCACA